UUGAUCAGUCCACUCUGCUGCUCAGGGGAACUUUUCUGAGGGCAUUCAGAGAGCUUUUUUUUCCCUCCUUUGUUUGUUCUGGUUUCCUGUUUCUGUUCAGUUCCCUGAGUAAGCGACAGGAACUACCUCCCCCCAUCUCUCUCUCUCUCUCUCUCUCUCUCUCUCUCUCAGACGGUGCUGACCACAGCCAGUAGGCAGCAGGACUUGGCUUCUUUCUCUCUUUAUUCUUCUCUCCUCCUCGUCCUCAGGCUUAUUAUCCUUGACACCCUCCAGUCAAUACGAAGCUGCGGACUCAGCUGUCUCUGGUCUCCCUCUCUCCCAGGGGGCAAGCAGGACAGCUCCGGGGGGCACACGGACACAGCUCCGGGGUAGGGGGGGGGACACAGGGAUGGAGGCUCUGGCUCUCUACACUUUCCGAGCCACGGAGAGCGAUGAGCUCAGCUUUCAGAAGGGAGACAUCCUGAAGAUCACCAACAUGGAGGAUGACCCUAACUGGUACACAGCUGAGCUGACGGGGCACAGAGGCUAUGUCCCCAAGAACUACAUUAACGUGCGACCCCACGCGUGGUUUGCGGGACGGGUCUCCAGACAGGUAGCCGAAGGGCGUCUUCGACAGCAGGAGUGCGGGGCGUUCCUCGUGCGGGAGAGCGAGAGCGCUCCAGGGGAGUUCUCCAUGUCCGUCAGCAGUUAUGGGGAUCAUGUGCAGCACUUCAAGGUCCUGAAGGACCGAGAGGGCCAGUACUUUGUGUGGGAUGAGGCCUUCAGCUCCCUGAACCAGCUGGUGGACUUCUACAAGACCAACAGCAUCGCCAAGGAGAGGACAGUCUUCCUGAGGGAGGGGAAGCUCUCGCCAGGGAAAGCCCACCAUGGCUAUGCCCUGUUUGACUUCAAACCCCAGCACCCCUCCCAGCUACACUUCCAUCGUGGUGAUGUCAUCGACUUCCUGGACUGCUCUGACUCCCAACGGUGGAAGGGGCGUUGCCAUGGCCGCGUGGGCUUCUUCCCCCCAGAAUACGUCCAGCCCAUCUAUCACUGAUACCCUCCCCCCCCCCCCCCCUUCGCCAGCCUCCUUAUCUGAGGAGGGCGAGGAUGCAGCAGACCAAACUACACAAACUCCCACUCCCAGAAAUGUAUGAAUAUUUAUGGAAGAUUUAUGGAUAUCACAUCGUUAGUGAACAGAGGAUCAUGGGACCAGCUGUGCUCACCGACCACAGGCACUGCAGGAGAGGGACAGCUGGGGACCACCUGGAUUAAGGGUUUGAAGGGGGAUUGGUGCAGUGACUGACGACAGAAUGUCCUCACAAACUACCCAUGACCUGACAAAAUAAAGGCAACACACCUUUCACGGCUUUUUCACAGAGGGAGGUCUUAAAAACUGCGUGUAAAAAUGUGCAAAGAACCACUGUGAAAAGCAAAAACAAAUCUAAAGACAAAAAAAAUGUAUCUGACAAAACUUACUUAAGAGGCACUAAAUACUCCAUUAAGAUUUGAGCAAGAAUCGUAUAAAAUUGUUGAUGUUCAUCUUUAAAAUCCAUGCCCUAGAUACUCUGAGAAGUAUUACAUUUCAAACACAGAAUGACAGCUAUACUAAAAAAAAUUAACAACAAAUAAAUGAAUGCAUUGAUGAUUAUAAUGAUCAAUAUUUGCAAUAUGUUGAAUUUUCCAUUUUCAAUGUUUUUAACAUCUGACUCACUCCUGCUUUUUCAAACACAAUUUUUUGACUGCAUUGUUGAAUCAGCUGAGCCAUUUCAACAGACAGCUUCUUUCAACUUGCUUAGUGUAAAUACUCUAUUCAUAUAUAAAUGUACAAAUUAAUAUUCUAAUAUUUAACCAUGCGGGUGAAGAGUAUCUUUAUUCUUGUAUCACAGCAUGGUCAGUAUUUCCUGAGAUAAUUAUUAGCAUGUGUACAGUAAACAGAAGGCAGAUCACGCUUAUCACUACAGGCUCCCAGUGUCCAUAUGCUUUUACAUCAUAACCGCACACUUAUUAUGCCUGAUAAUUGUAAAGAUAUCAUAAAAAUAAAAUUUUACUUGACAUAA